UCUUUGUCCGGACACAGAUGAUGUGAGACAUGUGAAUUUGUGAUGCGAAUUCAUUUGAAAAGCCGCUUUGAGGGUAUGACUGUGGUUUCUGAUGAAACCAGAUUGGAAUGAUUUUCAUGAUAUUUGUAUAUUUAUAUAUAUAUUUUAAAAUUUUACAUUUGACUUAAAGUGCCAUGAGAAAAUUUGCAUAUUGCAAGGUGGUUCUAGCCACCUCCUUGGUUUGGGUACUUUUGGAUAUGUUUCUGCUGCUUUACUUCAGUGAGUGCAACAAAUGUGAUGAGAAAAAGGAGAGAGGACUUCCUGCUGGAGAUGUUCUAGAGCCAGUGCAGAAGCCUCAUGAAGGUCCUGGAGAAAUGGGGAAACCAGUCGUCAUUCCUAAAGAGGAUCAAGAAAAGAUGAAAGAGAUGUUUAAAAUCAAUCAGUUCAAUUUAAUGGCAAGUGAGAUGAUUGCACUCAACAGAUCUUUACCAGAUGUGAGGUUAGAGGGGUGUAAAACAAAGGUGUAUCCAGAUAACCUUCCUACAACGAGUGUGGUGAUUGUUUUCCACAAUGAGGCGUGGAGUACACUUCUGCGAACAGUCCAUAGUGUCAUUCAUCGCUCACCAAGGCACAUGAUAGAAGAGAUCGUUCUUGUAGAUGAUGCCAGUGAAAGAGACUUUUUGAAAAGACCUCUAGAGAGUUAUGUGAAAAAACUCAAAGUGCCAGUUCAUGUAGUUCGAAUGGAACAACGUUCCGGGUUGAUCAGAGCUAGAUUAAAAGGAGCUGCUGUGUCCAAAGGCCAAGUGAUCACCUUCUUAGAUGCUCACUGUGAGUGUACAGCAGGGUGGCUGGAGCCUCUCUUAGCCCGCAUCAAGCAUGACAGGAGAACAGUGGUGUGUCCUAUCAUUGAUGUGAUCAGCGAUGACACUUUUGAGUACAUGGCAGGCUCUGACAUGACCUAUGGUGGGUUCAAUUGGAAGCUCAAUUUUCGUUGGUACCCUGUUCCCCAAAGAGAGAUGGACAGAAGGAAAGGUGACCGCACUCUUCCUGUCAGAACACCUACAAUGGCCGGAGGCCUUUUUUCAAUAGACAGAGAUUACUUUCAGGAAAUUGGAACAUAUGAUGCUGGAAUGGAUAUUUGGGGAGGAGAAAACCUAGAAAUUUCCUUUAGGAUUUGGCAGUGUGGAGGAACUUUGGAAAUUGUGACAUGCUCCCAUGUCGGUCAUGUGUUUCGGAAAGCUACACCUUACACGUUUCCAGGAGGGACAGGACAGAUUAUCAAUAAGAAUAACAGGCGGCUUGCAGAAGUAUGGAUGGAUGAAUUCAAGAAUUUCUUCUAUAUAAUUUCUCCAGGUGUUACAAAGGUGGAUUAUGGAGAUAUAUCAUCAAGACUUGCUCUGAGACAUAAACUACAGUGCAAACCUUUCUCUUGGUACCUAGAAAAUAUUUACCCAGAUUCUCAAAUUCCACGUCACUAUUUCUCAUUGGGAGAGAUACGAAACGUGGAAACAAAUCAAUGUCUAGAUAACAUGGCUAGAAAAGAGAAUGAAAAGGUUGGAAUUUUCAAUUGUCAUGGUAUGGGAGGUAAUCAGGUUUUCUCCUACACUGCCAACAAGGAAAUUAGAACAGAUGAUCUUUGUUUAGACGUUUCCAAACUUAAUGGCCCUGUUACCAUGCUCAAAUGCCACCACCUAAAAGGCAACCAGCUCUGGGAGUAUGACCCAGUGAAGUUAACCCUGCAGCAUGUGAACAGUAACCAGUGCCUGGAUAAAGCCACGGAAGAGGACAGCCAGGUGCCCAGCAUUAGAGACUGCACUGGAAGCCGGUCCCAGCAGUGGCUUCUUCGAAAUGUCACCCUUCCAGAAAUAUUCUGAGACCAAAUUACAACAACAAAAAAGAAAGAUUUGACUGGGCUACCUCAGCAUACAUUUCUGCCACAUUCUUAAGUAGCAAAAAAGGAAAAGUGUUUUCCUCUUCUGUGGGAUGUAAGAUUUAUCAGCCAUUAAAACUCAGACUCUAGCUUUUCACUUGCUGUGAACCAGCCUUCCUGUCCUAGGACAUGAGACUGCAAAGUAGCGAGACUGCGCACACUGAUGUUUACAAGGCUGGAAGAGCCUUCAUCAAGAGCAGUGGCCAGUAGCCGUCAGAUCCCAAGCAGGCACAGGAGUGCUCUGGAUGGAUGACCUUCCACCGCUGCGUGCACAUCAGCCGUUCUGCUGACUGUGCCUCAUGAAGAAGAGAUCUCUAAUUACAAUCAGUAGCCGGAAUAUUAAAUAUUGAUAGAAAAGUAAGUGGAAAAGAACUGAAACCAGGUUCAGAAUCAUGAAAACAUUUUUACA